GGUGGGCGGAGCCUAGCAGGAGGAAAUGGUACUGUUGGCUUCUUAGGAAACCGGCGACGACGAGCAUCCGCGCCCCGUCAGUCUGUUCAUACAUUCCCUGUCCCUUCAGUCCAACGUCAAAUCUCCAGCUUGUACCGGGAUAAUUUUGUCAAACAAAGUCUGAAAACACGUUACAACCGGUACGUUACAACCAAGCAGCUCUUUGUAUGCUUCGCUGUGGAGAGACGUCUGUGAAGAACUCGGAGGUUACGGUUUCAGAGAAGCUGCCGCAGGAUGGAAACGCAGAUACAUGUGCCUGUCGGGUCGCCGGUUAUCAGGAAAAUUCCCGUGUUCGUAGACGAGCACAACGUGAAAGAAGGGGCGAUGAAGCUCAUUCAAGAGUUGAGACCGGCGUGGGAGCCUGACAGCGUCAGAACCAAGUCCUUCACCGAUGGGACCACCAACAAACUGGUUGGUUGCUACGUGGACGACAGCCCCGACGACGUGGUCCUCGUCCGAGUGUAUGGCAACAAGACGGAGCUGAUCGUGGACAGAGACAACGAGCUGAAGAGCUUCCAGGUGCUGCACGCUAACGGCUGCGCCCCGCGCCUCUACUGCACCUUCCAGAACGGAAUCUGCUACGAGUUCAUGCAGGGGGACGCUCUGGGGCCUCAGGACGUCCGGGACCCAACCCUGAUCCGGCUGAUAGCCAGGGAGAUGGCUCGGAUCCACGCCAUCCAUGCUCACAACGGCUGCAUCCCCAAGCCCAACCUGUGGAUCAAGAUGCGGCAGUACUUCUCCCUGGUGGCCACAGAGUUCACCGAUCAGGCCUCCAACAUCAGAAUCCAGCAGGAGGUUCCCAGCAAGGCGGUGCUGGAGCAGGAGAUGGUGUGGAUGAAGGAGCAUCUGUCCACGCUGGGCUCCCCUGUGGUGCUCUGCCACAACGACCUGCUCUGCAAGAACAUCAUCCACAACAGCAAGGAGGGUCACGUUCACUUUAUAGACUACGAAUACUCCAGUUACAACUACCAGGCCUUCGACAUCGGCAACCACUUCAACGAAUUUGCAGGCAUGGCUGAGCUGGACUACGGCCUCUACCCGAGUCUUCAGAUGCAGAUGGACUGGCUGAAGGAGUACCUGCAGGUCUACAAGCUGUUCACCAAGAACACCGACCAGGUCAGCCAGCGGGAGCUGGAGACGCUCUACGUUCAGGUCAACAAGUUUGCUCUGGCUUCCCACUUCUUCUGGGGAUUCUGGGCUCUCAUCCAAGCCAAAUACUCCUCCAUCGAUUUUGACUUCCUCGGGUACGCCGUUCUUCGUUUCAACCAGUACUUCCACAUCAAACCCACAGUGAUGGCGCUGCAGAUCCCAGAGUGAGAGGAGGAGGAGGAAGAGGCCGAGGGUCGGGUCGGUUAUGUCAACCUGCUGCUAGUGGGCGGAGCCUCUCACACCGCCAGACAGCCUUCGUCUUAAUCAAGCGCAAUUACUCUCCUGCAAACUUACCUCAGCAUCCUUCACCAGUCUGACUGCAGAAUGACUGAAGCUCCAUGUGAUUGAUUGAUUUCUUCAUGUUGACCUCUGACCCACACUGAGGCUCGCAGCGCUCCCCCUGUCCGGAUCAUUCGUCCUCCUGCUCCUCCUCAGGUUUGGUGCCAGCUGCUCAUGUCUGCUGGGAUUCUGUGACUCCAUGGCCUUCAGGUGGCUGCUGCUGAGCCUCGGCUCAGCCCACGUGUCAAUCUGUCUGUCUGAACCACACAGUGAGGAAGAGGAGCUGGACGUUUAGUUUGUGUAUUUAUUUUCAGUUAUUCUCUGUCUCUUGGUGUUUUUGUUUUCGGGGCGGAGCAGAGCGUCUGUCCGGUUUUCCAGCUUCUUGGCUUUUAUGGCUGCAGCGACUCUCUCUGUUAACUUUCCAUUUCAGCUUUCCAGACAUGUUGGAAAAUCCCGACCUUUGACCCCCAAGCCCUCUGUGUCUGCUCUCUCUCUCUCCUCAUGUUUCAGCCCUCUGCUUCCCUCAGCCUCACACUCCCACCUGCUUCCUACAUCUGGAGCCAUAUUGAAUUUUACUGUAACACAUUGGAUACUGAGUAGUUCAAGGUCACUUUGUUAGUUUGGACAAAAUUAAUCUUUGAACCCGAUUUCAGAAAUGCAAGUUAAUAACUGUAUACAUAUUUCAAGGUGCAGGUUGCAGGUUUUUAGCUGAUCACCAAUAUUUUUCCUUUUUUUUCUUAAGCCUGACAUUCCAGUUUUGGCCUAUGUCACUUUCUUUUCUCUGAAAAGUUGCUGAAUGUAGCUCCAAAAGUUGCCAACAGUGGCUGAGUGUGGUUAAACGUCCACAUCCAGCCCACCGGGUCACAUGGAUGACAUGACUCAUUGAACCCGUUUUUAGAAAUGCAACUUAACAAUGUCUAUAGAAACUUGUCUGUGCACAGAUUGCACUUUUUGACCAAUCGACAAUUUCUUUGUUUCUUUCUCUUUCAAGACCGAUUUUGGCUGACAUCAAUUUUUAUUUAUUUAUUUAUUUUCUUUGGUCUGAAAAGUUGCUAAUUGGAGCAUCAAAGGUUGCCAACUGUGACUAUUGCUACCAUAAAAGUCCAGCUUCAGAUACAACCAUACAUGUUGUAUCCGGUCCGUCACUCACGUCACCAGGUCAUGCAGAGCAAAGUGGGACAGGCUGAUGUCCACUCCUUUGCAGAGGCCCAUCACCAAAAAUUUAGGAAAUCUGAGCCAAUUCCUCAGUGCAUCCCUAUAAAAAUUGGUAAAAAAAAAAAAAGUCAUAGAACGUGUAAUAAAGUCUCUCCUGUUGGUUGACGUGUUCAGAGCCUGAAGAUGGGACGGAUCUUCAGUAAAAUUUGGCUGUGGGAUUGGUCCGUCUCUAUAUAACUGUCAUCCUCAAAACACUCCAUGCUAGUUCAUCUAAAAAAACAAAAAAAACAAUAGGUGCCUAAAUGAGGAUUAUCUUGUCAUAAUUUACUUUCUCUUACUUAAAACUACCAGAAGAUUCUAUUUCGGAUCGCAAACAGAAUCAUAAAAACAUCGACUACAUAAAAACCUGACCGCUGCAGCUCAGCCUGUAUCUCCUCCAUUCUGUCUCAAGUCAUUUUGAGCCACUUCUUCACACCAACGUGACUGUAUGACGUCUGUCUGUAGUUCAGUACAGCCCCCACCGGGGGCGCCGGGGAGCGUGACCUUUGUCCUGCAUUGCUGGUGUGGUGUAGCGGCAGGGUUUCUUAAUUGAGCAGACUCUCUGAUGCUGAUGCGCUUUGAGCUGCAGGGACUUCGGGGAGAAAGUGGAGGAGCCGUCCGUCUCUGAAGCCAAACCCUGGCGGUCCUGACAGAGGAUCGUUUUUAUGUCGCCGUGACGAUCCGCUGAAAUGUGGCAUCAUGUUUGGGAGCAGAGAAGCUGCUGUGAUCACCAGGCCACAGGGCAGCUCGCGUAGAUUUUCAGACUAAAUUAGUGAAGUAAGCACAAUCGCAGCUCGGCCCGGAGAGAAAGCGCAUUUGCACUGUAGAAACGCUCCGAAUUGACCUCUGACCUCGAGCCGACCUCAUCUGCUGACAGACUUACUCAGAGAAAACGCUGCAGACUGAUUCUGCUCAGAGCCGAUGCUCUAUGUUUGGACCACUGAGGUUUCUCUGUUAUCAGUAUUACCAGAUGAACUGGUUGCUUUGUGCUCAGCAGAGCAGAAGUAGCAUUAAAACAUUCCUGCACAUUAAUUUCCCACAAAGCUGUGAAAGCAGUUUAUUUAUUGAGUGAAGCUAACAUUACAUUUCCCGCCUUUUUAUCGUGUGCUUUAAUUUCACCAGUGGCGGUCUAGCUUUGAACUGCAGUUUAUUCAAGGUUGGAUUAUUUCCGAGUGAAUGUAUUUAAAAAGACACUGUUGAGUUUAUUUUUGAUUUUCUUUUUGUAAAGCAUCGACCAGAAGCGCGGGGUUGUGUGUGAAAGGAGCCAGAGUUUGGCUUGCAGACUGGAAUUUGUAAAUGUGUGGAGAACGGAGGAUGUAAAUACUGUAAUAAAUCCUGUGAAAAGUUUACUGUACAGUGAUCGUUCACAGCCUGUAGGAGUGAAAAGAAUUAUUUAACGACUGCCGGUAAAUAUUUCAAUUAAAGACUAAAUUGAUUUUAAAAGGA